GUGAUACGUAGGUGUUUACAAUAUUUCUACUUCCGUGUUUCUCGAAAUCAAAGAAAAAUGUCUCAUCAAACUGGUAUUUCAGCAUCAGAUGAUCUGAAAGACUUCCUUUCGAAAGCUAGAGAUGGACAUUUGAGACUGAUCAAGAUUUCAAUUGCUAAUGAAAAACUUGAACUGUCAAAUAGUGAAUCACCAUCAGGGACAUGGGAAGAAGAUUAUGACAAUUUAGUGAUACCUCAACUUGAGGAGAAGCAGCCAUGUUACAUCAUGUACAGAAUGGACUCCAAGAACAAUCAGGGAUAUGAGUGGCUAUUUAUAGCUUGGUCCCCAGAUUUCUCACCUGUAAGAGAAAAGAUGUUGUACGCUGCAACAAGGUCGACAUUGAAGACAGAGUUUGGAACAGGAAUUAUCAAGAAUGAAAUGUUUGGAACAGUUCAGGAAGAUAUAUCUCUGGCAGGAUAUAAGAAACAUUUGGUCGCACAGAAUGCUAAAGCUCCACUUACUGCGGCAGAGGAGGAACUCGAGUUUAUCAAACAAUCAGAGACACGUACAGACAUUCAUAUAGACACUAAACAUCAGACAAUGAAGAGUUUAUCUUUCCCGAUCUCAGAUGAUGCCGCUCAUAGACUUGUUGAUUUUUUAAAAGGAAAAAUUAAUUAUAAAUUACAGAAGUUGAAUAUAUCAGGAGAGAGUAUAGAGUUAGCAGAUUCUGGUGAUGUUUCUAUAAGACAAUUACCAUCUAAAGUGCCUACAGAAGCUGCCAGAUAUCACUUGUUUGCAUAUAAACAUACCCACGAGGGAGAUACCCUAAACUCUAAAGUGUUUAUUUACUCUAUGCCCGGGUAUAAAUGUCCUAUUAAAGAGAGAAUGUUGUAUUCAGCUUGUAAAAACACCUUCAUCAGUCAACUAGAAGAAACGCUAAAACUGGAAAUAGAAAAAAAGCUGGAAAUAGAUGAUGCUAGUGAGCUUACUGAAGAGUUUCUUUAUGAUGAAUUGCACCCAAAGAAAAAUAUUGCCACAAUGAAAUUUGAAAAACCCAAAGGACCUGCAAGGAAAGGACCUAGAAAAUUGAUAAAGACCACAAAAUUGUGACAUAGAAAUGAAAUGGAAAACAAAAGCC